CAUUUAGGGCUCAAUAGUCUAUAUUCAAAGUACCCUAAUACUAUAAUUCCGCUAAUACUGGCCUACUUGGGCUUAGACGUCCAUUCGUUCAGGUGAACACUUCUGAGCUGAAUUUUCCCACCCCACCAAUAAUGCCUGUCAUAUGACUACCACGUGCUCCACUUACUAUUCAGACCACGGGAAGCGUCAGAUUUCAUAUCAGAUGCGUACCAAUAGGGCGAAAGUUAGAAGGAAAAGACGGAUUGUGGCAACCGAAGCAGACGGCUCUAUAUCUUGGUGUAAGCUUAUCUACUUGGCGUGGCGAUUUCUCGAAAGGAAAGGGACGGCACGGAUCACUAGUGCGAUGGAGAGAAAUAUCCCAGAAGCUUUUGAUCCUUCGAUGUAGUAAACAUCCAGGGAAAUGAAGCUGUGAGGACAAGAGCCAAAAGACUAGAGCCAAAGAGAAGAGGCCUCCGAGUCUUGCCACGUCCCUUGCGGGUAUUUGUCUCAUGUAUACAAGUCAUGGUCUGUCCAGGCAGUAUAUAAUAAAAGACCAACACUAUAGACUUCGAGCCGGAGAUUUUUCAAUCACUUCACCACUCAAGACUAAACAAACCAACACCAUGAUGCAUAUGGCCACCCCCAACACCGACCCCACAUUCCGCAACUAUACCAGCUCACAAGCCCAAACCUACGCCACGCACCGUCCCUCCUAUUCCUCCAAACUCUAUGAAACAGUAAUAGGACAUCAUGAGAAAACGGGUGGAAAGUUCAAUGUAGCACUUGAUCUAGGAUGUGGACCUGGGAAUGCUACUCGAGAUAUCGCGAGGGAUUUUGAGGAGGCGAUUGGAUGUGAUGCUGGUGCGGCGAUGAUUGAGACAGCGAGGGAAAGAGGUGGGAAGACGAAGAGCGGGAGGGAUAUUAGAUGGGUUGUUGGGAGUGGGGAGGAAUUUGCGGGGUUGGAGGAGGUGGGUAUGGGGGAGGUGGAUUUGAUUACUGUGGCUAUGGCGGUAUGUGGUUGAUCUUUUUUGGUUGGUAUGAUUAUUGAUGAGUGUUGGGAGGGAUUCUUUCUUAAUUUGAGUGUGUGGCUUGUAGGUACAUUGGUUUGAUAUGGAUAAAUUCUGGGCGCAGGCUGCAAAGGCAUUGAAACCUGGUGGGACGGCGAGUAGCUCUUUCCUCUCGUAAUUCUUGGGAUGAGAUUUACUAAUAUAAAACACAGGUCGCUCUAUGGACCCGCGGUAGCACUCUAUGUUCACCCCAUCUCCCUUUCCUCCCCACACCCCACUAACACCCCUAAGCAUCCUUCUACCCCCACCCCUCAACCCCCAACCGAGACCGACUCCUCGAAAUCUUCAAAAACUUCGAACAGAAAAUCCUAGCUCCCUACGAACUCCCCCCUAACCGUCUCUCUCGCGACAUGUACGACAAUCUUCCUCUCCCCUGGAAUAUCCCCCAUCCCAUCCCCUCAUCCACAUUCCCCCCAUCACAGUUCCUAAAAUUAAAUUUCGACCGCGACGGAAUACUCUCCGAUGCGACAUCGAAUGAUUUUUUCGGCGGAGGAAGAGAAGUGACGCUUACGGAAGCAGAGGAGGCGUUGGGGACAGCUAAUAUGGUAACGAGAUGGCGGGAAGCGCAUCCUGAGAAAGCGGGAACUGAGAAGGUGAGCUUAAGUUUCGUUUGUUUGUGAUGAGUUGAGUUGUGUAUUCAUUUCUAUUUCCCGGUGAGUUUAUACUAAUUAAUUUGGUUUUUUUCUAAAGGAUAUCUUGAAGCUUCAUGUUGGGGAAGUGAGGAAGGUUAUGGGUGGGAGGGAAAGUAUGCUGGUUGGAAGUAGCACUGCGAUUAUUUUUGUUAAGAAAGCUCUUGAGGAGGCUUGAAUAUGCGUGGAUAUCUAAUCUUAAUUGCUAGUAUUGCAUAGGAUAGGUUAAUGUGAGGUAUUCUGCUUUUACUUAUAUUU